GACAUCCAACCAACUCUGAGCAUCCUGAAACCAUGUGCUACUACGGCAACUACUAUGGGGGUCUGGGCUAUGGCUAUGGCUGUGGUUAUGGCUGUGGAUGUGGCAGCUUCCGUGGCCUAGGCUAUGGCUGUGGAGGCUGUGGCUGUGGAGGUCUGGGCUAUGGCGGCUAUGGCUAUGGUGGCUAUGGCUAUGGCUGCUGCCGCCCAUCUUGCUGUGGAAGAUAUUACUCCUAUGGCUUCUACUGAACAGCCACCCAUUCCCGGCCUCACAGGAAUCCUUGUUCUCUCAUGCUUUAGGCUAAUCCCAUGGCAUUGUAAGAACAACAGAUUCCAUCAGCCUGUACAGCAAGGGGACAUGGAAGAGCCAUCGCAAUUGAUGGAGCUUGCAUGGUUGCCAGGUGGCAGAGACCAAGAAGCCCCAAGACCCGACCUUCUAGGAAAUGAAGCAAAGUGUCCUCUUUCAUGAGCAGAUUCCUUCACUAAAGAGCUCAUUUCCAGCAAGUUUCUCUACUUUAGUACAACAUGGCUGAGGGAUCCGUUAUGAUGUUUUAAUAAAUUCAUU